AUGGACCUUAAACAAUCAUUGGACAAUCCGUUACAGCUGAUUGCAGAAUAUUCAAUGACACCAUCUUUACAAUCCUGCACCGACGGCUGGAAGAACUUCUCCGACCUGGUGUGUAACAAGCUUAGCGACCGGGCUGCCAGUUUCCUGAGAAAAUAUGCUGGAGCGGAUCUCAUCAUCAUUACCGGCGCCACUGGGGUCGGAAAGUCGUCUUUCAUCAAAACAAUGACUGGGGGGGAUGUAUAUAUUGGAUCAGAACUGCGUUCCGGGGCAACGCAAACAGCUCUCGUUCCUGCAGUGAUUCAUGGCAAGAAUUAUUUGCUCCUCGACAUGCCUGGUUUCAAUGCAGACGAUUUCAACGACUGGGAGAUCUUCAACAUGCUCAUGACAGGCAUGGCCACUGUUCGCACAUACGUUCGAUUCCGGGGCGUAGUGUACGUUGACUCCAUGAACGAUAGACGCCUCACGGCACCGGCGCAAAGAAUCCUCACCUGGCUGACUCACUUCUGCGGCGAAGGGUACAUGCCCAAUCUCACUAUCGUUACAACAAUGUGGGACGGACAUGACGAAGAGGGGAUCGAAGACAAGCUCGAUAUCUACGAGACGUGGCGUGCAGGUGCGCACUUCCAAUACUUCUUCUCACAUGGGGCCAAAGUAUAUCACCAUGGUCUUGUCAAGGGGGGUGAUGGUUACCGAACACUGAGCCGCGAAAAGAAGUCGGCCGAAAGGAAGAGCGACGCGCUGCAAAUGAUACGAGACUACGGCGAUACGGCGCCACCCCUGACGCUCCAGAUCUAUGACCAGAUCGCCAAUGGCCGUACAAUUGAGACGACAUCUGCUGGCCGCUGGCUGAGGGCCGGGUCCAACAAUCCGGAAGAGUUCCUACCAGAUGCACGUCAUAGCGGCUCCGCAUCGACUGGGAAUGCGAAUACAGGAGCGACAAGGCAAGAGAGACGAGAUCAAGACCAAAGCCCGACAAACGGCAACGGAGGACCUACUCCAAAUUCAGCCCAGAGAUCUCGAACUUCCAGCUUUUGGUCGGACAUGGUCAGUUUUCAACCUUGGAUCAAACUUCUUGUCCAUGCCGCGAGGGAUUACAUGAAGGCGUCUGAAAAGGGCCCUCAGUACCGGGACUGA